AUGACCCCACAUCAGGUGGAGUGCUCGGAUUAUUUUGCUGUUACCGGAGAGGAUAAUGUCUCUAGUGAGAAGGCAUCAGAUGAGGAGUUGAUGUCGCCGGAGAAGCAGAUAUCUCCGGAGUGGAAGGAGGAUGCCGAUUACAAGAUGAAGAAGCUCAUGUUUGACUUCAAUGUUAGGAGUUUAAUGGUUGUUGAUUUGUGCGUUUUGGUUCUGAUGGAACAUCAUAAUCAGCGUUGUUCUUCACUAAGGAAGCAAUAUUUGUACUUAAAGGCAUUGGAAUUGAACAACAUUGAUAUGGUUUUAUUGGAGCAAGAGGUAGCUAUCUGA